AUGUUCUCGGCUUUGAAGUCGCGAAGAUCUCGUAGCCGAUGUGGUGCCGGGCUAGCUGCCGGGGCUGGGCCGGGGCUGCGGGCGGGGGGGCCUCCGACCUCUCCCCCGCCGGCCCCUCGGCCGGGCCCAGGACGAUGGCCAGAGAGUGAGCCUCCCGCCGCUCCGGAAAACAGCCGCGCUAACAGGGCUGCGCGACAAGGGGGGAGCGUAAAUGGCUCCCCCCACCCCGUCCUGCCACCCCCCCGACCCCGCGCCCUGUGGCGCAGCCUCGCGGGGAGGGAGGGUGUGCGGGGCCCGCUCAGACCGAGGGCUGGCGCGCGUUACCUGCAGCUAUGGGCCACCCUCCGGGCACCGCUCAUUUUCCAGCCGUGGCACCCUCGCCUCCCUCGGCGCCCGGCGGCCCCGGCGGGGGGCGGGGACGCGGGAGGAGGCGGGCAGUUCACGCUGAUCUCGGGAACCCUCCUGCUGGACUCGGCCGGAGGAAUCCCCAAGAGUCCGCAGCGGGAAGUGGCAGAGGGGGUAGGGAUGGCCGGAGGUGUGCGUUUAGGUGGCGGGGCCGGGGACGCUGGGCGACACUUGGAAGGCACCGAUUCCCGACCUGUGAGUGUCGCUCCUCCCCACGCUCCACCCCGCCCCCACCUCCCACCUCCUGCUGGAACAAGUGGCUUCGCUGACUGGUUAAUGUGCCCUUGGAAGUGGCUUUUUAAAAAACUUAGUCAAGCACGAAAAAUUGUCAUCAGUCCCUCCUCCCAAACUCUUGUGGAACUCUCUUCCUUUGGCUCCAUCAUGUACUGUGGGCCUGCUGGAGAAGAAACCCAGUAAUUCCUAGUGUUACCUACCCAACGACCAGUUUAAGAAGAGGAUACGGAAAUUUACCAGGAAAGUGUGACUUCCUGCCUGACUUCUGCUUCUCUCAGAGCCCAGAAUACAACUGUAUUCAAUGUUUAGACUUUUUCCUCCACUGAAUGAAAGAAAUGCUGCUCUGAUUCAAGAUGGAGAUUCUGCUGCUCUAUUGUUAACUCUAUCACAUCUUGCUUCCUUAAAAGUCAUAUAAUUAUAAAGCAUUUCCAAAGAGGUCCUUCAACAAUGCCUCUUGAACAAAUGAUAUUUAACAUCUCUAUUAGUUACCUAUUGCUGCUUUACCCCUAAACUUAGCAGCGUAAAACAAUAGGCAUUAACUAUGUCAUAGUUUCUCUGGGUCAGGAAUCUAGGAACAGCCCAACUGGGUGCCUCUGACUCAAGCUCCCGCAUGAAGUUGUAGUCAAGGCCAAGGCUGCAGUCUCAUCUGAAGGCUUAACGGUGUGAAUCCACUGCCAAACUUACUCAUGUGGUUGUUGGCAGGAUUCAGUUCCUGGAGGGUUAUUGGACUGAGGGCCUUAGUUCCUCACUCUGUGGAGACCCACUCUGUUCCCAGCAGUAUGAACCUCUCCAUAAGGUAGCUCACAGCAUGCCAGAUGGCUUCCCUCAGAGCACCCUACUCAGAAAUCACAGUCUAUUCUUGGAAGUGACAUCCUGUCACCUCUGCUGUAUCCCAUUUGCUAGAUGUAAGUCGCUAAAAGCAAGCCCACACUCAAAGGAAGGGAUCACACAAAGAUAUGAAGACCAGCAGGUAGGGAUCAUGAGGGGUCAUCUUAGAGGGUAUGUACUACAACCUUUAUAAUGAACCAGGAAAAGGUUCCAUGAUUAAGAUAUUUGCAAUAAAGUGACAAAUUAAAAGAGAACCUUUAAAUAUAAGUGCUGUCUCUCACAUACAGAUAGCAAGCUCUUCACACACACACACACACACACACACAAGAGAUGUCAGCAAAACUCAAGCUUCUGAACAGGAAGGGCUAUCUUAGAGUGUACAUCUCAGAACUCAGUGGAAUAAAGAUGAGGAGCUACUUGAUCCAUCUUACACUGUCAUCACCUGCAUUGUCAACCUCGUUAACAUCAUCAUUGCCAUUUAAUUACUGCUCACUGAAUGCCAGUGUGCCAAGAACUUUUCACAUGUGAUAUGAUUGUGAUUUUUUUCAGAAGACAGAGAUAAUGGCAUUAAUAUUUUGAGAUACAUAACCCAACAUAUUUUCAUUUUCCGUAACCCUCAGUUCCCAGUUGUCCUGCAGCACCCUCCGUGCAUGCAUGACUCAGUGGCAGGCAUGUUUCUACUCUAUGGUGGUUCACCAAAAUUGCCUGCAAAUAUAUCUUUUUUUUCUUUCUCAAUCUUUCCCUCCCUUGCCCCCUACCCCUCCACAAUCUCUCUUCUGGAAGCUCCCAUUCUCAAGCAGAUGCAGUAGCAGGAAGCUAGAACAGAUAAAUUGGACAUUCCUUCAAAUGUGGUUAUGGUUGCCAAGGGGGAGGGGGAGGGAUUGGAAUGGACUAGGAGUCUGGGGUUAGGAGAUGCAAACUGUUCCUUUUAGAAUGGG